CCAUUCCCGACGAGCGAGCACCUUCCCCGUCCUCCUCCGCUCCCACCCCCCUCCCAUGGCCUUCUCCCCGCGCUCGCCGUGGUCGCGCUCCAAAAAGCCGGACAUCUACUCCACCGUCGUGGUCCACGACGACGAGGACGACGCCCACGGCGGCGGCGCCGCCCGCGCGGAGGAUGACGACGACGACGACCCCUCCGCGCUGCCCCCGCUCCUCCAGCGCCUCCCCAAGGACUUCGGCGGCGCGUCCUUUGACGACGACGACGACCCCUACUCCUCGGACCUCGACGACGCCUCGCUCUCCGCCACCGUCGUCAUCAAGCGCGGGGCCCCCGCCUCCACCUCGUCCUCCUCCCGAUCCCCGUUCCUGGAUCUGCGCCGCUCCAGCCCCCGCGCCGCCGAGGCCGACCCGUACUCCACCUUCGUCGUCCACGGCACCGCGCGCUCUGGCGGCGCCUCCAGCCCGCGGGAGUCCGUCUCCGGCACGUUUAUACGCCACUCGGGUGGCCCCCCCAGCCCCCGCGAGUCCGUCUCCGGCACAUUCAUCCGCCACACCCGUGGCUCCUCCAGCCCUCGCGAGUCCUACUCCGGCACGUUCAUUCACCACACCAGCGGCGCCUCCAGUCCGCGCGACCCCGCCUCCGGUGCCGGUGCUGGGUUUGGGUCCUCAUUCAUGACCCCUUCGACCGGGCAGGCGGAGGAGGACCGGCAGCCAUCACUUCUGAUGCAGCAGCAGCAAUCAAGGCGGCAGGCAUCAAUGAGCUCUGUCCCAGAUAGCGUUACUAGGGAGGAUCCUUCAACCAAGUAUGAGCUGCUCCAUGAGCUCGGGAAAGGUUCAUAUGGUGCCGUUUACAAGGCGAGGGAUCUCAGAACGCAGGAGCUUGUAGCUGUCAAGAUCAUCUCCUUAACAGAAGGGGAAGAAGGAUAUGAAGAUAUACGGGGAGAAAUUGAGAUGCUACAGCAGUGUAGUCAUCCAAAUGUUGUCCGCUACUUCGGGAGUUAUCAAGGAGAAGAAUACCUUUGGAUAGUUAUGGAGUAUUGUGGUGGUGGAAGUGUUGCUGACUUGAUAGGCAUUACAGAGGAGCCUCUUGACGAACCGCAAAUAGCUUAUAUAUGUCGAGAAACACUAAAGGGUCUUGCUUACUUGCACACAAUUUUCAAAGUUCAUAGAGAUAUUAAGGGUGGCAACAUUCUACUGACUGAGCAAGGCGAGGUGAAGUUGGGCGAUUUUGGUGUUGCUGCCCAACUAACAAGAACCAUGUCAAAGCGCAACACGUUCAUCGGUACUCCACACUGGAUGGCACCAGAGGUCAUUCAAGAAAGUCGUUAUGAUGGGAAGGUAGAUGUUUGGGCUCUUGGUGUGUCUGCAAUAGAGAUGGCAGAGGGCAUGCCACCGAGAUCCACUGUGCAUCCAAUGAGAGUGAUCUUCAUGAUAUCUAGUGAACCUGCACCGAUGCUGGAGGAUAAGGAGAAGUGGUCUCUUCUCUUUCAUGAUUUUAUUGCCAAGUGCCUAACAAAGGAUGCAAGACUCCGGCCUGCUGCAAUUGAGAUGCUGAAGCACAAAUUUAUUGAGAAGUGCAACACUGGAGCUUCAAAAAUGUUGGCGAAGAUCAAGGAAGCAAAGAUCAUCAGAGAAACAGCUGUGCAAAACCAGCUGCCUGACUCUGACGAUGCAAUGGAUGCAACUGUUCGAAUUAAUGAAGAUUAUGGAGAAACUGUUCCUACAAACUCUCAGUCAACUCAUGAAACAAAAAAUGAUGGUUCGGGAGGCGAUUUUGGCACAAUGAUAGUCCAUCCUGAAGAUGGCGAUGAAGCGGUCGAAUCAUCUAUUUUCCCAAGAGCAGAGUUCAUACCGGGCCUUGGUAGCAUCAACUCUUUCACACAUGAUCCAAAGAGGGCUGAGCUUAUUUCAAAAUUUUGGGCGGAGAAUACAGCUGAUAGCGAUGCCACUAAAGGGCGGGAUUUAGAUGGACUUCCUGACACCCAAGAACCCAAAGCAAUGCCACGUUCAAUUGGAACAUUUAAGCAUCACAAGGGUGUAGAAGGGACUGUGCUGCGCCAUGAUAACACUGCAUCACCGGGUGUUGCCAGCACAAUGACCAAAUUAAGCAGCAGCCCAAGCCGUAAAGCAUUUUCAGUUCAGGAUAAGCUCUGGUCAAUCUAUGCCGCUGGAAACACUGUGCCUAUUCCAUUCCUUAAGGCGAUUGACAUUUCACCGCUAGCUCUAGUAUCGGACAGCGUAGCAGGCAAUGGCCCCGCUGGUUCAAGUACAACUGAUGCCUUGGAGGCAGUCAGGGAGCUUUUCAGUGGCGACGGGCAGGCAAAGAAAGGACGCAAAGGGCAAAAUGAGGUCCCUCUUCCUCCCGGUGUGCACGACAGAUUGACGACAAGCCCUACAUUGAUGAACCUGGCGCAGGCUCUCGCCUACCAUAAGACGUGCUACGAGGAUAUGCCUCUGCAAGAUUCACAGGCGACAGAAGAGCAGCAGACGAUACAGAACCUCUGCGAUACGCUUCGGACCAUACUGAGGUUGAUUCAGCACGCCAUGGUGUGGCGCUGCGCCGAGGCAAGGGCUGACCUUGGCCCUGGCAUUUUCAUGGCGGGCAUUGCGGCUCAGCCUCUGGGGUCCUCUGGGAUUAAAAGCAGGCACGGCAUGGUGCAGACUGCAGGAAAAGCGCACCCACCCCCACCCCCACCCCCACCCCCACCCAUUGGCCGACGAACCCCCCAAGCCCAGGGGCGGCCGCCGGCGAUGGUGAGGGAGCUGCGCAUCAACACCGCGCCCCGCGGCAACCGCGUCCCGCUCCUCAACAACGGGGAGACGUCCAGGAUCCUCUCCGACCUCGAGGAGGGCAGCAACGUCCAGGCGGCCAACGUCGGCUUCUGCCGGGUCAUCAAGUUGGCAAAACAUGACGCCGGGAAGCUCGUCUUCGCCACCAUCGCGCUGCUCGUCGCCUCUCUCAGUAACCUCCUCGUUCCCAAAUAUGGCGGCAAGAUAAUUGAUAUUGUGUCAAGAGAUGUUCAGCGGCCAGAGGAUAAGGCUCAAGCCCUGGCGGAUGUGAACGGCACGAUAUUGUACAUCGUGCUGAUAGUUGUGACCGGGUCAGUUUGCACAGCUCUUCGGGCAUGGCUAUUCAAUUCUGCUAGUGAGAGAGUCGUUGCUCGACUUAGACAGGACUUGUUCAGUCAUCUCAUAAACCAGGAAAUAGCAUUUUUUGACGUGACUAGAACAGGAGAGCUCUUAAGCAGGCUUUCUGAAGAUACCCAAAUUAUAAAGAAUGCUGCAACAACAAACCUUUCAGAAGCACUGCGUAAUCUGACUACCACAGCUAUUGGUCUUGGCUUCAUGUUUUCAACUUCAUGGAAGCUGACAUUGUUGGCACUUGUAAUUGUUCCAGUGAUAUCAGUUGCUGUGCGUAAAUUUGGGCGUUUUCUUCGUGAGCUUUCACAUCAGACACAAGCUGCGGCUGCUGUAGCUUCAUCCAUAGCUGAGGAAUCUUUUGGUGCCAUUCGCACAGUAAGAGCCUUUGCUCAGGAGCCUCAUGAGAUUUCACGAUAUGGCGGAAAAGUAAACGAGACACUGAAGCUUGGUCUCAAGCAAGCUAAAGUUGUUGGACUAUUUUCUGGAGGGCUUAAUGCUGCAUCAACCCUGUCGGUUGUUGUUGUAGUUAUUUAUGGAGCUAACUUAACCAUCAAUGGUUACAUGACAACUGGUUCGCUUACGUCAUUCAUCUUAUACAGCCUUACAGUUGGCUCGUCAGUCUCUGCCUUGUCAGGACUAUACACAACUGUAAUGAAAGCAUCAGGUGCAAGCCGUAGAGUUUUUCAACUACUUGAUCGUGUUUCCUCAAUGACAAACACUGGGGACAAAUGUCCGAAAAAUGAAAAUGAGGGGGAAGUUGAGCUGGACGAUGUCUGGUUUGCAUAUCCUUCGCGUCCUUCUCAUAUGAUUCUUAAGGGAAUCACAUUGAAGCUAGCACCAGGUUCAAAGGUUGCACUUGUUGGGCCGAGUGGUGGUGGAAAAACUACAAUAGCAAAUUUGAUCGAAAGGUUUUAUGACCCUCUAAAGGGAAGGAUCUUGCUAAACGGAGUGCCUUUGGUAGAAAUUUCACAUCAGUAUCUCCACCAAAAGGUAAGCAUAGUUAGCCAGGAGCCUACACUCUUUAACUGCUCCAUUGAAGAGAAUAUUGCCUAUGGGUUGGAGGGCAAAGCUAGCUCCGCUGACGUUGAAAAUGCAGCUAAAAUGGCAAACGCGCAUGACUUCAUAUGCAGCUUCCCAGACCAAUACAAGACUGUCGUGGGAGAGCGGGGCAUCAGGUUAUCUGGCGGGCAGAAGCAGAGGGUCGCCAUUGCAAGAGCUUUGCUUAUGAACCCACGAGUGCUUCUCUUAGAUGAAGCUACCAGUGCCCUGGAUGCCGAAAGCGAAUACCUUGUUCAGGAUGCAAUGGACUCGUUGAUGAAAGGGAGGACGGUUCUUGUGAUAGCUCAUCGGCUCUCCACCGUGAAGAGCGCCGACACGGUUGCCGUCAUCUCUGAGGGCCAGAUCGUGGAGAGCGGCACGCACGACGAGCUCCUCGAGCGCGACGGCAUCUACACGGCCCUGGUGAAGAGGCAGCUGCAGUUGCCCAAGUUUGAAGGGACCGCCAACGGGACAGCCGAAGUAGAACCCAGCAGUAAUGGCCAAUAGUGUUUCCUUGCCUGGUGAUCUCUCUCCUCCUCGGUUAGGUAGACACCAUUUCGUUGGGAUCCACCAUAUGUAACGCACAUUCUGAUAUAUAUACGUAUUCCACUCUGUAUAACGCCAACACGAUGGAAUGUCACACGCUGUAGCUCUCCUACACCUUGAUUCACAUGUGCCGCUGUAUCUGAAUGCA